ACAACACAGACAGGACUGAGGCCGGCCAGGCAGACACAGGCACAGAGCGGAGAUACAGAGAAAGAACUGAGUCACAGAGAGACAGAAAGCUCUGAGACAGAGAUACACAGAAAGAGAGUUGAGACACAAAGACAGAAAGCUCUGCCAGAUACAGAGAGAAAGCUCUGAGACUGGGGAUAGUCUCUACAGACUGGGGAUAGUGUCUACAGACUGAGGAUAGUCACUAUAGGCUGGGGAUUGUGUCUACAGACUGGGGAUAGUUUCCAUAGACUGGGGAUAGUCUCUACAGACUGGGGAUAGUUUCUAUAGACUGGAGAUAGUCUCUAUAGACUGGGGAUAGUCCCUAUAGACUGGGGAUAGUCUCUAUAGACUGGGGACUGGACUGACAGUUCUGCAGCACACACUCAAAGGGAGGACCGGAGCAGAUCUUUGAGACCCCAGAAUGAGAGCCUUUCUGCCCCUGCUGUGCGUGGCCCUCUGGCUGUCAGGGGCCCCGGGCGUGCCGCUGAAGAAGCAGAAGGGCCCAGGGAAGCCGGCCUCCGUGGAGGACGUGAACGUGCUGACGUACGGCGUGCUCCAGUUCAGCGACGCCAUACACCACGUCUACCAGGACACCAGCCGCAGGAUGACCCGCAUCGACACGCAGCUCCUGCGCCAGCAGGGGGCGCUGCGCCAGCUGCAGGAGGAGGUGGCGCAGGCCACGCAGACGGAGGAGGAGAUCAGGAAAACCCUCUCCCAUUUACAGACGCAGACGGCUGGGCUGCGUGCGCAGACUCUGCAGGUGAGGACAGUGCUUCAGAAGGCUGAAAAGGAACAGGUGAAGCUCCACAACCAGGUGACCGGUCUGGAGACCAGCCUGGACUCGGCUCCCAACAUCAGAACACUGAAGGACCAGGCCCUCCAGCACUCCAACAUUCUAAAGGUUCUGGAGGAGUGGAUCCAGGACGAGAAGCGAGCUUUGGAAGAUCAGGACCAGCAGCUGGCCCACAUGCAGAGUCUGGCCGAGUCAUGAGCCCGUCCCACCAAGCCAAUCACAGACAGACUCUUCCCAGCCAAUAAGAGCACCUCCUGAUCAACCGUUUACUGCUGCAAGCCAAUCAUUUUUUCAUUGGAAAUGCUGACUUCUUAAACUCAACAGAACAAUGCAACCCAGCACAUCCCAUUCUCCCGCACACAGACAGAUGGAAGCCACACACUAAGCUGCCUUGUUGCUCUGUGUCCUUCAUCACCCUUCCUGUUAACCAUCCAAAUAAAGUUCAUAAUGGCAUUUAUUACCA